AUGCGGGGCGCCCUCCCAGACACGCGGCUCUACGAGCACACCGACAGCGCAGAUCUGCCUGACGCCGCCGAGCUGGACAGCGCUCUCGAGCUGGCACUGGGCAACAGGGAUGCCGCACUUCGGGAAAUGCUCCUGAACACUAAGCGGGAGCCAGACAUGGCCGAGGUCCUCCGGGUCACCGAGGCCGAGCGCGUGUCGGGCAAGCUCGAUGGGCCCUGGGAAGUAUGGCUCGACCACACCGGCCAGGUGCGCUCCACCGUGCCGUUUGCCAGAUGGUUACCAACGCGGCGCUUCCCGCGCGUCCAAGACCGCACGGCCACCUCAUACAAGGUCCGGCCCAUAGACGACGCCACGGCAAGCGGCCUGAACCUCGCAGCAGCCACCCAGGAGCGCAUGAGGAUGGCAGGCAUCGCCUCUCUCCUCGACGCGGUCGCGUUCAUAGCGGAGGAGUUCCGCGAGUGGGGCGACGACGGCGCCCCCCUCAUCACAAAGGGCGACCACGCGCAGGCCUACCGACAAUGGCCCGUACAUCCAGAUGACAUUCCACUGCUGGUGUGCUUGGUUUGGGGCGAUACCGUGGGGCCAGAGGGCGAUUGCCGCGCCUUCGCGCACAAGGCGCUCCCCUUCGUGGCCUUCGGAGCAGUCGGGGGGUACACGCGCGUCGCCGCCAGCGUGAUUCACCCACUCCGCCGCAUCUUCAGCGUUCCCCAGAACGCGUACGUGGACGAUUUCCACCGCGCCUCCCCGGCCAGAUGGGCCGCCCUGCACGAGCGGGUGUUCCGGGAGCUGCACGCCAUGCUCGGCACCCCGCUCAAGGACGGCAAGAACCAGGGACCAGCGGCCGUGCUGGGGCUGCUCGGACUGGACGUCAUUUCCACCGGGCACUGGGCGGGACUGCGCCUCACCGCCAAGCGGCGCGACGACCUGGCCGCGGACGUGGACUCCGCGCUCCGCGCGCGCCGCCUCAGCAGGCGCGACGCGGCCCGACUCGGAGGACAGAUGGGCUUCGCCACCACGGCAAUGUUCGGCCGCAUCGGCCGAGCAUACGCCUCCAACGUGUCGGCGCACCGAGGCGGCUGGUCCGAACGCCUCGCUGACGCGCUCGCGUGGUGGAAGGCGCUGAUGCGCUGCCCGAUAUACCACAGGCGCGUGCACGGCGACCAGCGGCCCGUCGUCCUCGGAUGGGUCGACGGGCCAUGGGACAUGGACACCGGCACGGGGGCCAUCGGGGGCAUGCUGUUGCCCUCGCGGCGCAGCGGCCGCAGCUUCUCGGCGCACAUCCCGCAGCACCUGCGCGCGGAGCUGCUGAGGGUCGGCAAGAAGCAGCGAAACACACAGUCCGAGCUGCUCGCCGUACUGGCGCUGCUCCUCACCUGCCCCGACGAGCUCCGCGGGGCCCGGCUGAUCCUCUUUGAGGACAACACGCCCGCGCUUGAAAACAUCCUCAGCGGCGCCGCCAACGACGAUCACAGCAAGGACAUCGUCGGAGCGAUCUGUCUCCUGCUGGGAGUCCUCGGCGUAGAAUUCUGGAGCGAAUGGGUCGCGUCCGAGAGCAACCCCGCGGACGCGUUCUCGCGACCUGGAGAACCGGAGAAGCAGGCCGAGGCAGCGGCACUGUCCCGGCGCCACAGCCUCAGCGCGGCAGUGCCGCGUUUCCCCGCCUCGUUCCGCAUGGACGCGGGGGCAUGGGCAGCUGCCGUGGCAGCCGCCAAGGAGGACUGGCGCACAACGACCGGCACCCUCGCCGCGCUGCUGGGCGCGAUCACGUUCGACUCGGAUGACAAGCAGGUCACGCUCGGGCGGCUCCGCGCCCGCCGCGCCAGCGUCGUGGCUGCCGCGACGCAGUACCACACUGAGCUGCUGCGCUCGGCGACCAUCGACUGGCUGCAGUCCGUGCCCACCCCAGAGAACGCGAAGCUGAACGCGAACGACGUCGUCGUUGGCUUCUACGCGGUCCCCAUCGACGGCAUGAGGGAGCGGGUCCGCACUGCCCCGCUGCGCAAGCUCGGCCUGGACGUCGCGCGCGCGGGCCCUACCGCGCUGUCGCGGCUCGCCGACGCGCGCCGCUAG